AUGAUGAUGACCCAGGUUGAGACCACGGUCCACUAUGACAACGGCUAUGAGUACGAGUACAUGCUCCAGGAGGAUGAGUGGGACCGGGACAUGCUGCUGGACCCGGCCUGGGAACAGCAGCAGAGGAAAACAUUCACAGCCUGGUGUAACUCCCACCUGAGGAAAGCUGGUACUCAAAUUGAAAAUAUCGAGGACGACCUCCGAAAUGGACUAAAACUCAUGCUGCUUCUGGAAGUUAUCUCAGGAGAGAGGUUACCUAAGCCAGACAGAGGGAAGAUGAGAUUUCAUAAGAUUGCUAAUGUCAACAAAGCGUUGGAUUUCAUCACGAGCAAAGGAGUGAAACUGGUCUCUAUCGGAGCUGAAGAGAUCGUGGACGGUAACGUAAAGAUGACUCUUGGGAUGAUCUGGACUAUCAUCCUCCGCUUCGCCAUCCAGGACAUUAAUGUGGAAGAAACAUCUGCCAAGGAAGGUCUUCUCCUGUGGUGUCAGAGGAAGACUGCUCCCUACAGGAAUGUCAAUGUCCAAAACUUCCAUGUCAGCUGGAAGGAUGGCCUGGCCUUCUGCGCCCUGAUUCACAGACACAGACCCGACCUCCUCGACUACUCUAAGCUCAACAAGGAUGAUCCUCUGGGGAACCUGAACCUGGCUUUUGACUUAGCCGAGAAACACCUGGACAUUCCCAAAAUGCUGGACGCAGAAGAUAUCAUCAACACCCCCAAGCCUGAUGAAAGAGCCAUCAUGACCUAUGUGUCCUGUUUUUACCAUGCCUUUGCUGGAGCUGAGCAGGCAGAGACGGCUGCCAACAGGAUCUGUAAGGUGCUCGGUGUGAACCAGGAGAACGAGAAACUGAUGGAGGAAUACGAGAGACUGGCCAGUGAGCUGUUGGAGUGGAUCCGCCGCACCACUCCCUGGCUGGAGAACCGGACUCCAGAGAAGACCAUGGCGGAGAUGCAGCGGAAGCUGGAGGACUUCCGGGACUACAGGCGCCAGCACAAGCCCCCUAAAGUGCAGGAGAAGUGCCAGCUGGAAAUUAACUUCAACACCCUGCAGACCAAGUUGCGCAUCAGCAAUCGCCCUGCCUUCAUGCCCUCUGAGGGAAAGAUGGUAUCUGACAUAGCCAGUGCAUGGCAGGGACUGGAUCAGGCAGAGAAAGGCUUUGAGGAGUGGCUCCUUACAGAGAUCCGUAGGCUGGAGAGGCUGGACCACCUGGCUGAAAAGUUUCGCCAAAAAGCCACCAACCAUGAGAACUGGGCCAGCGGUAAAGAACUGAUCCUCUCCCAGAAGGACUAUGAAACAGCCACCCUGAUAGAAAUCAGAGCACUGCUUCGAAAACACGAGGCCUUUGAGAGUGACUUGGCAGCCCACCAGGACAGAGUGGAGCAGAUUGCCGCCAUCGCACAGGAACUAAAUGAGCUGGAUUACCAUGAUGUGGCUGCUGUGAACCAACGCUGCCAGAGCAUCUGUGACUUGUGGGACAAGCUGGGAACCCUGACUCAGAAGAGGAGAGAGGCACUGGAGCGGACAGAGAAGCUGCUGGAGACUAUUGAUCAGUUGUUCUUGGAGUUUGCCAAGAGGUUGGCCCCUUUCAACAACUGGAUGGAAGGAGCCAUGGAGGAUCUGCAGGACAUGUUCAUUGUGCAUACUGUUGAAGAGGUCCAGAGUCUAAUCGCAGCUCACGAGCAGUUCAAAGCUACUCUUCCCGAGGCGGAUGCAGAGAGACAGGCCAUCUUGGGAAUUCACAAUGAGGUGCUGAAAAUUUCCCAGAGCUAUGGGAUCAAGGCCAACAUUAUCAACCCGUACAGCACCCUCACAACCGAAGAGCUUCUGAACAAAUGGGAAAAGGUGAAGAAGCUGGUUCCUCAGAGGGAUGGUGCCCUCCAGGAGGAGAUGGCACGUCAGCAUGCCCAUGAAAGGCUGAGACGACAGUUUGCCGCCCAGGCUAAUCUCAUUGGACCCUGGAUACAAACCAGGAUGGAGGAAAUUGGGCGCUGCUCCCUGGAGAUAGGAGGCACCCUCGAGGACCAGAUGACCAAGCUGAAGCAAUGUGAGCACGUCAUUGUUGCCUACAAGCCCAACAUCGACAAGUUGGAGGGAGACCACCAGCUGAUCCAAGAGUCCCUGGUGUUCGAUAACAAACACACCAACUACACUAUGGAGCACAUCCGAGUCGGGUGGGAGCUGCUCCUCACGACCAUCGCCCGAACCAUCAACGAGAUAGAGACCCAGAUCCUGACCAGGGACGCCAAAGGCAUCAGCCAGCAGCAGAUGAAUGAGUUCAGAUCCUCUUUCAACCACUUCGACAGGAAGAAGAAUGGAGCCAUGGAGACUGAUGACUUCAGAGCCUGCCUCAUCUCUAUGGGUUAUGACUUGGGGGAGGUGGAGUUCGCCCGUAUAAUGAUACUGGUGGACCCCAAUGGUACUGGAAACGUCUCUUUCCAGUCUUUCAUUGAUUUUAUGACCAGAGAGACUGCUGACACUGACACGGCCGAGCAGGUUGUGGCAUCCUUCCGGAUCCUCGCAACUGACAAGCCCUACAUACUAGUGGAGGAGCUGAGGAGAGAACUUCCCCCUGAACAAGCAGAGUAUUGCAUCAUGAGGAUGCCGCCUUACGCCGGAGAUGGAGCACCACCAGGGGCGCUGGACUACACCGCCUUCUCUACUGCCCUCUAUGGAGAGAGCGACCUUUAA